UAUUCGAGAGCCAGUGUUCCUCAGCCUUUUGAUGUGUUUAGUGACAUUUGGAUUCGUUGCUACAGUGUUCAGUUUCUUAUUUAGUCCCAAUGAGUGUUCCUGCGCAAAUUGUGGGACUUCGGUGUAUCGUUUAUCCACAACUCAGGAAAUACGCUGUGAAUAGUUAAUUUGUUACAUAUUUUUGUCGAAGAGUGCCUUAUUUGUUUACAUUUUCCUUUCUAUUCUAAUUUAAAUUUAAUAUAGUUAAAAUGUGCGAAAGCAGUUUAGUUAGUAAUUCUCAAAGCACAGCUGAUUAUUUAGCACAAUUGUUGAAAGAUAGGAAACAAGUGACCGCGUUUCCCAACGUCUUCAUACAUGUGGAACGACUCAUAGAUGAAGAAAUAGCAAAAGUCCGAUCAAAUCUAUUUCAAGUUAAUGGUGUGAAAAAAGAACCUCUAGUGUUACCAGAAGCAGAUGGAAAUGUAGUCACGUUAACAGAGAAAGUAUAUGUGCCAGUUAAAGACCAUCCAGAAUUUAAUUUCGUAGGACGGAUAUUAGGACCAAGAGGAAUGACUGCAAAACAGUUGGAACUCGAAACAGGUUGUAAAAUAAUGGUCCGAGGCAAAGGCUCGAUGCGAGAUAAGAAAAAGGAAGAACAAAAUAGAGGCAAACCAAAUUGGGAACAUUUAAGUGAGGAACUACAUGUGUUAAUAUCAGUAGAAGACACAGAAAAUAGGGCGCAGUUAAAAUUAGAAAGAGCUGUUGAAGAAGUUCAAAAACUUCUAAUACCACAGGCGGAUGGUGAAGAUGAACUGAAGAAACGGCAAUUAAUGGAACUGGCCAUCAUUAACGGUACCUACAGAGAUAACAACGCUAAAGUUUUAGUCACAGCUGAUCCGGCAGCUGAUGAGGAGUGGCGGCGAAUGGCUGCAGUUGCAGCCGAAACACAAAGACUCCUGUCACCAGGCAUGCAGGGCAUAACACAAAUGCGAACAUCUCAGGCAAAUCCAUUAGGUGCCCCGCUCAUCCUACCUCCACGCAUGCAGACAAUCCCAUCAACUGCUGCGUCCAUCCUCAACGGCUCAACGCCUGGUGCGCCGCUCUUAUCGCCGGCAGAUGCUGCGCAUGGUCUCAUUUUCACGCCGUACACAGAUUAUGCCAACUUUGCGGCGCUAGCCGGCUCGACCUUGCUUACCGAUUACUCCACUGCUGCGGACCAUUCGGGUGCCGCAGCAGCUGCUGUGGCUAAGCAGCGAAGACAUUUGGGCCAGAUGCGGGACCAUCCCUACCAGAGGGUUGGAACUCCCAUUGUCAAUUAGAGCACAAGGCUUGGAGUGCAAUAACAAGGACCCUAACAGCCCUGCACGCGUUGACCACCUUGCUACACUAAACGUUCUCACGGCACCCAGGGAGAUGGGACGGGAAACCCUGUUUGGGAAUUUAUUUUCUUCAGCUCUCACUCUGUUCGUUGACAGAUAACACUGGGUUUUAUGUUUGGAUUAAUAUUAUGUUAGCCUCUCUAUGUUCAGUUUCUAACCCUUCAUAAGUAUUCUGUAAUAACUAAACUUCUAGCCUCUGACACUUCAAUGUAAGUGCCAUGUCUAUCACCGAAUGGGAAAACCAAGAAUUGCAAUCAGUGUUUUGACAUUUUAGUCUCAGGAGCUCCCAAAUUCAAGUGUUGAUUUUUAUACAUUUUUUAGUGCUUGUAAUCUCAAUAAAACAGUAGAUUUUAAUGUUUUAUAGCAAUGACGUUCUCAAAAACAUAAAUCAGUCAGAUGUGAUCUCAAUCAUUUAACCAACUUAAAAUAAUUAAUGUGCAAUGCUUGCAUAUCUGGUGCUAAACAUUGGAAGUUUCAUUAAAAAUUGAACAUUUUUCAGUGCUGGUAACUUUUUAAUUUUCACAAUAGGCAAUUCUGUUUGAAUCUUGGAGUAAACUUAAAAGAACCCUUAUCACACGAAAAGAGAGCGUAUUUUGAAUCUUCAGUGUCCUUUUUAUGCUCCAAAUAUGAGUUCCUCUGAAAUGUGAGAACACUGGUUGUUGGUUUUCAUCCUUAAUUUUUUGGUAUUGCAUAAUACCAAAGAUGGUUGAUGAUUGUAAAAGUCAUAAUGUACCUGAAUUAAUUUUUUUUCACCCCAUGAAAUAUCAUUUUCAAAUGUAGCCUUAUCAUAGAGCUUAUGUAACAAGACAUUAAUGCAAUACUAUCAAAAUAAUAUGAAACAUUUUAUAUUUCUAUCCUUGCCUUUUUUCCUGAAAAAGUAAUUUUCUAAAUAGUUUACUGAGUGUUUGAACAAAGAAAUAGAAAGUACCUAACUGUUCUGUAAAAUUUUUUCUCUACCUUUAGUUUCGUUAUUUUAUUUUUUAAGCAGCUAAUCAUAAUUUUUUUUGUUUGUCUGUUUUAAUAGUCCAUUUCUAAAAAAAAAAAAUAAAAAAAAAAUAAAUAAAAAAAAAAAUAAUUGGUUGAAAUAAGUGCCUUCAAAUUCUCAAAACCAACUUAGCACAUAAAUUUGUAUGCUCUUUCUGACCUUUUUCUCUAACUCCUUAUCAGCUUCCGUUCGAUCGGAGGCUUAAGAUACUUUCCAAAACUUCUUUCAAAGUACAGAUGAAGGAGAUAUACAUUUGAAGUUUCCCUCCCGCAGAAUAUGUAUGUGCUUAUGAAUCAGGAAUUGAAAAGCCAAAUUCUCCUCUGUGUUGAGCUGUAGUAAAAAUCGAAUCUAAGUGCCAUCGGUCCCUUUGAGUGCCCCCUGAUGUUCAUUGUUUCUGUUUUAUUGUUCAGUGUAGUUGCAUUAGUAUUCAACCAAUGGCUCGCCUAGUAUUCUUGAAUUAAUUUUAUACCUCUCUUCAGGAACUAGAACGUUAAACUUUUUAUGUUUACGUGUGUAUUCAAGGGACUAAGGAUUUAUAGUUCUGAGUGAGUCACUUAAAACUCAUCAACUCUAUUCUAACUCAAGUUAGUUUUCUUCUCUUGGAGGCAUAAAUGCACAACUCCUCAUUUUUCCUCAUCUUUUAUGUUAAGUGCCAUAGUCCUGUUGUUUUCUUCUUUUUUUCUUUUCUCAACCUUGUCAUCUUUUUUCUACUUGGAAGUAGAAAAUCUAAAAUCGACUCUUAGAACAUGAUUCUUAUUUUGAUUUUGACUACUAUCUUAUUAAAUGAGAGUCCUCUUGCAAUCAAAAUGUUCACAGUUGCCUCUUCUUUUCCGUUUUGUAAAUAUUGAAAGAAAAUCAAAAUGUUGUCAAUAUUUAUAUUCAUUAUUAAUUUAUUAAAUAUUUAUGCUUCUUGUUAUGUUGAAAUCAAAAUGUUUAUUCUAUGAAGGUGCUAAUUUUAUCAAUAAAAAUGACAAAUGUUGCCCGAACAGAACAAAUCAGUUGUACAGUAAAACAAAUGCAUUUAUUUUAGAUUUCUUAAUGUGUGGAAUUUUUUUUCUUCUUCAAUUCUGCUGUCUCUGUAUCUCCUCUAGAUCACUUUAUCUGCCUUGAUUAUUUUAGAAACAGCAGAACAUUUUUAGCAUUGCAAUUUUCUUUUUAAGCUUCUUUUUGUACAAUUUCCUCAUUUAGUGGUUGUGAUAUUGGCACAUAGACAUUUUCCCAAAAUCAUCAAUUUGUAAAAUAUAGAUUACAUUAUUAAACAUCACUUCUCACUUCAAUGAGCAACUGAUCUUUCAAUUCUCACCUACUAAAAUUUUAGUCGGUGUAAUUAUAUAUUCUUCAGCUUUCAAAUAGGCAGCAUAAUUUUUUUUCCUUUCUUUCUUCAAAUUUUUCUGGCUCUCUAUGAAUUAUUUUCUAGUGAAAAAUGUAUAACAAUAUUUUCUCUUGGCCAAAUCUCCAUUUUGAUUAUAAAUUCACGGCUCUGUUUGUUCUUGCCAGUCAACACUUUCAAAGCUUCUUGAUCUUGAUUUGUACCAAUUUUUUUCUAAAUCUAAGUAUAGUCUUGAAUUCAUUCAAAAUUGCAUAUUUUGUUCAAUUCUGAAAUUGUAUUUCCUCUAUUUGUUAUCGACACCAUAACCACAAUGAUUGUUUUCAAAAGUAUUUAUCAAUUCUCAGUAGUAAUAUUGACAUCAUUUGGAGGCAAAUCGGGUUGUCUCAUAAUUAGUUAGGGAUAAAAUGGUAGAAACUUCUAUUGAAAAAUCAUGAUCUAAUCUCAAAACAUUUAGUCCCAGGUACAGGUACUCAUCAUCAAAUACUCCCAAUCAUAUCUAAAAAGAAAAUUUUUCUCACUAAAGACAGUUUAAUUCUGCUGACCAUCAACAGCAGUAGGAAAGAAUGAAAUAACUUUUUAGGAUAUUUUUCGAAACUCUCUUCAAAGCUGAAAGUAAAAGUGACACUUGGAUUUCACCAACAAUUUCAAGUCACUACUGGUCCAAGGAGACAGAUGCGAUUUUUCAAUUUCUAAAUUCAAGUUAUUUUAGUGUUACCAAGACCAUCGUUCUUUUGUUUUUUCCACUGCACUUUCUAAUUUUCUCAGCUUUAUAAUUAAGUAGUAAAGAUAAUAAUUUAUUAUUUAUUUAAAUUCAGAUGAGGUCUUUGGCUAACUGUGUUUUCUGCCUAAAAGAAUGAGAUCAAUUUUUAAAGCCUUCCUUAUGAUUUUCUACUUAUCCUUGAUGAACAUAUAAUAAUUCACCUCUACAAAUACUAAUAACCAUCUCCUCAUAGCAAGAUUUGAAAGUUUUUAUGUAUCAUUUUUAAUUCCUAUCUAAUUUGAGCAACUACAAAUGCCUUAAUUUUUGGAAUUCUGUCUUCAUCUUUGUUUUUCACCUUAUCCCAUCAAUUCUCUGAAAGCAUAAUCUAAGUAAGGAAGAUCCUUUGUUGUAAAAAGAUCAAAAUCUGGGUUUACAAAUUUUGUAUCUCUGUAUCAGACCACUUUGUUUCAAUCUUUACCUUUAUAUUCUAACGGUUGAUAUAUUUCCUUCAUUUUAAGACAUUUUUUUAAGAAAGCCAGGAACUCUAUCAGAAAUCUGUCUCAUCUUGUCUAUAAUUUUGUUCUCUGAUUCUAAGAAACUUAUCUAGUUUCUUCAGGAGUAAUGAAGUAGUAACAUUUAUUAAGAAUUCUUCAAUUUGAGUUUAAGACUCUUCCUGCCUGUGAGAGUCUAAAAUUACUUUUAAAAAAAAGACACAUGCCCUCCAUCACUUAAAAUCAUCGAUCUAUACCUCAACAGUAUUUUCCUUAGACUGUGCAACCAGCAGUAGUCGCAAGGGUGCAAAAUGCGUUAGGCCUCCACAAUUUUCUGGAAUGCACUGGAUUUUUUCCAAAAGGUUAACACAAUGUGCUGACCAAAAUGUUGUCCAAAUUUCCAAUUGACUUGCAAUUUUCAUUUAGACAUUUGCCCAAAUCACAUUGUUUGCAGGAGACAAAACUCGCUGACCCAGGGAAAAAACCCUGUCAUAGUCAAGUGUCUAUGAGACUUGUCCACGUUUUGGUCUUGAUAGGCCAGUCACCCAUUCGAAAAUCAUCUGACCCCCCGGCAAGUUGCUCCCCGAUUUUUCAUACUGCACUUACUUUUUUGUCAUAGUGCAAACAUUCCCUCAAAUUGGAAGUAAAAUUCUAAUCUUGCAAGGGGCUAAUACGUUGAAAAAUUCAGAUUGUCUAAGAUUUUUGCCUCCUCAUACGUCUGUUAGAAAUUUAUGAAAAACUUUAUUUUUAUUACCCUUUGUUGUCAAUGCUGUAUAAGUUGCUAGUCUGAUGAUAAUAUGCUCUUAUAAUUCUUUAACUCCUUCCCUUGAACUUUGACCAGUAGGUCAAUUUUGAAAAGUUAAUGUGCCUUGCAUGUAUGAGCUCCUCUUUUCUAAAACCUUAACGGUGUCCCAAAAAUUCCUCUACUGUUGAGAUGGCAGAAACAGAGAACGUAAAACUUGUAACAGUUAAUUUAGAUUUAGAUAUGGAUAUGUACACCACUCAUCAUGCACUUAUCGAUGUAUGUUUUGAUAGGGCGAGUUAAGAUAAGUGAAAAUAUGCCGAACAGUUCAAAAGAGGGGGUUCCAAUUAUUUAAUUUUAUUUCAGUAUUGUCGAACUGACAUCAUGCUGAAAGACCCACCUUUUUUCUGCAAAAUUACUGCUUUCAGUUUUUUUUGUUAUUUCAUUCCAAUUUUUGCCAACUUUGACCUAAAGGUAGAUGAACAACAAUAGAUCUCUAGCUUUAUUCCUGCAAUCACACAAUUUUUUCAAUUGUUUCUUACAGAAAAUUUCCCUUCAAAAUUGCUCCCUCACACAGGAUAAAACUUCAGAAAUUGUCAAAUUUUGAAUGGUUGAUUCAGUUUCUGAGCGUGCAUUCUGACAUCAGGAACAAAUAGACUGUACAUAAAUGUAUUACACUGUCUUAACUCUCCCCACCAAAAAAUCUGAUUCUCAAAUUGUACAGUAGAAACUCUCUAGGCAGAAAGAGUAUGAUAAUUUCAACUCUAUUCCUAGUUGUUUUUAGUGCUAGGUAGAAGUGGGGUUGAUAGCCAGAGAUAUGGUCGAUUUAAACACACUUGUAGCUAGCCUAAAUCAGCAGGGAAUAAAGUUGAAAUUAUCAUUCUUUUUUUCCAUGCAUAUCAAGUAAAAUAUCUAUUAGUGGCAGUGUCAUCCUGAAAGUUAUUGUAAUUAAAUGGCAGGAGGUUAACCUGUAGGAAGAAAAUUCAAUGCCGUUGUGAUAAUGUUGCAACUUUUCAUUGUGGUUGAAUGUUGUCUAAGCAUUCAAUAGCAGGCAUGGAAUGCGAUGCAUUAAUAUUAAAAAAAUCGGUUUUCAAUUCAAUAGUAUUUGUCUUUAUUGAAGGCAAUACAGAUCUUUCUAUAAAGCUUGGCAACUCUUCCUCCAACUAACCUCGUUCAAAGCAAGUAGCUUUUCUGUCUCACACUUUAUUUUCCUCUGUUGACUCGGUACCCAGAGAUGAAAGCCGACUUAGUGCAAAAUAAAAACCUGAGAAAAAACUGGGCUGAAACCAAGAAAUUGUCUGACUCAAUUGUCCAUCGUUUUUAACUCCAAGAAUUUUAAGCAGACAAAAUUUGUUUACGUUUCGAAAAACAGCCUCUAGAAGGGCAUAAAAUUUUCUUAGACCAUGAAUCCACCGCUGAGAGAGUUUGAUUAGGAGGGCUUUUACUGUAUUAAUUUUUCCGCCGCAUCUUGCAGCAAGCAGCUUCAUUUCUCAACACAUCAAUUUCUGUUUUUUAUUGUUUUAUUGUGGAAGUUCUAAGAAAAUUUAUUUCUAAUUUCUAAGGUGUAUAUAUUUUGAUGUGAAUAAUGAUUUAUUUAAGAAUUUUAAGCCCCUGUAGACUUUAGUUUUACAGUAAAGUAUUUGAAAAAGUGGAAAUAAAAGAAUCAUAAAGUAAAAAAGAAAGAACCAAAAGUAAAAAAAUGGAAAAAAAAGACGUAUGAUACUUAAAAAGUUUGAAGAACGUUUUGGUCAAUAAGAAACAAUAGUUUCUAAUAAGAUGGCAAUAAUUAAUGAAUAGUUGUUACCAUUGUUGAUGAUAUAAUAUUUAAGUGUUGUAUCUUUUUUGAAAAUUUGAUAUUAUUUAUUUUAUUUCUUUUUUAUUUAUUUUCCUCUACAAAUUAUAAUAGUGUUGUCUACCCUUAAUCAUAGUAAUAUUUCUUUCUUUUUGACUUUUUUCUUUGAUGUGAAUUGUUUAAUUUUCUUUAUAAUUUUAUUUAACGUCAUUAAUUGUGCCUUAUUACUACAGUACAUCGUAUUUGGUUGUUUCCAUUAAAUUUGGGCCGUAUACGAAAAAAAGCUAAAACAGCCCCCCCCCCCAAAAAAAAAAGAAAAUUCCUAUCUUUCAGAAGCAGCAGUUUUACAUUUCAUUAUCUACUUAUGGGUUACUUACCUUUGUAACAACGAACAAAUUUCAAUUUACUCAACUCUCAAAUUCUCUACCUUCACUGAAAUUCAGUAGAAUUGUUUGUAGAUAAGGAUAAUGGAUUAAGUCUAUGUUUGUAGCAAAGAUAUUGUUCAAUGUAUACUCUUGACUGCAGCUAAGUAUUUUUUUUAAACUCAAUGAAACUUUUUUAGUUUUUUUUUUUAUUUAUUUAAUUAUCUUUUAAUUUUAUCCUCGAGCAACAUUUGUGGCCAAACUUUCGCUACUUGAAAGCCCAAUUUGAUUUGAAGAUUCGUAUUCAUUGGAAUAUUCAUGUUGUGUUAAGAUUGCAGAUCAUUCUUUUUAAUAAAAUUAUUUUUUCUAUUGUAAAA